AUGGAGGCAAUGCAAUACGAAUUGGCUAGAAACAUGACUUUGUUGUUUUUCUUCGAAAGACUGCUCGACAAAGGUGAGCCAAGAACUCUGCACGAUCUGAGCUGUCAGUUUGGUUCGAAGGGGUUUACAAAAGAAAUGAGGCAAAUUGCUGGGGGCUCCCAAAGUGGCCUUAAAAAAUUCCUAUUACAGUACCCUUCAUUAUUUGAAUUGGAAGGCGAAUAUGUGACGAUCAACACUUUUCAAAAUGACAGUUGUAAAAGUAGCACAGGCGGGAAAGAUUACAAUACUCAGGCAGUGGAAUAUUUUUCCGAAAAACUGUCCCAGUACGGGGAAGGUACCGAAGUACCUAUACGCAGUCUACUGGGACACCGGUCCCAGGCUAGCCCAGAGGUUCGCCACGUAUCUGGGCAACAUUUCCACGAAUUUAGGGAAUUUCUGUUGAAACACUCAGACUCCUUCACAAUAGACGAUGAAAAGGAGACGGUUGUUCUAUCCAAUUACACCGACGUUAAAUCACACGCUCCCCCCGAAUUGCAUUUUCAGCCCGACGUCAAAAUUGAUCCCGUCGAAACGCAAACCCUCCUGGACUUUUUGGCCCAGUGUAUAGAGGUUAAAGGUCCCAUCUUGGUGGAACAGCUCUUCCAGAUAGUUAGCUGCAACCUUCCAGAAUCACUGUGGAGCAAUCUCUUUAAUACCCCCACCCACCUCACCAGCUUCUUGCGUUUGUUUUCCGAAAGCUUCCACAUACAGUCGAACCUUGUAACUCUCCUCCAACCCCCCAAGAUUAGUCAGAAACACAUCAACUCCCCAGUGGUGUGUUUGAAGGUUAAAGAGAGCGAUUUGGAGGUAAAAAACGCCAAAAAUUUGGCCAACAACAACAACAUCAUCGAUGUUGAUAAGAGCGCGGAGGGGUUAUCACCACCUGUUGCUCAGGUCAGCCCCAGAUCCAUAAGUGAUAGGUUGAAGCAGCCAAAGUUGCAGCAAAAGUUGAAUGAGGCUCAGAAAAGUCUAUCUCCUGAGCCGCAACCACCCACUAGAGAUAGAGGUGUGGAUUUUCGCCUGGGUAAAGAAGAACAACCCACUCCCUUGGAAAGUAGACCUAAGGUGACACCAAACAACAAUCAAAGUUUGAAACAACGCAUCAACAAUUUGGUUUUGAAGACUCUACAAGAAAAUACGGGGAGAGAACGGCAGAAUUUUAUCAAUCAAAACAACGUACCUAAUUCUGAGUCGUGGAAAAUAAAACUCUUCCAGAACACGCGGGUUAUAUGCAGCACUCGCGAAUGCCAGAUGGUUAUUGACGAAAUACUCUCUAAAGUACAACCCAACAAUCAACAACAAAACCCUUGGCCUUUUACCGACGAAAAAGUCGUCAUAGGGUUUGACUGCGAAGGUAUAAACCUUGGAGUCAACGGACAAUUAACGUUGAUGCAAAUAGCCACCAUGUCAGGUUUCUCCUACGUCUUUGAUUUAAUAACGUGCCCGAAAAUGAUCGACUUCGGUCUAAAAAAAAUCCUCGAAUGUCCAGACGUAGUCAAAAUCAUCCACGACUGUAGAAAUGACGCCGUCAACUUGUUAACUCAAUUCAACAUAACUCUAAGAACCGUUUUCGACACACAAGCAGCACAUGCAGUUCUGACUUUCCAAGACACUUCCAAACCAGUCUACAAAGCUAAAAGUGUGGCUUUGAACGCUUUAUGCGAGUGUUACGGCGCCCCAGCUAACCCCAUGAAGGACCAACUGAAGAAUAUAUACAAGAGGGAUCAAAAGUACUGGUCCAGAAGACCUCUAAUCAGGGAAAUGAUUUUGUACGCCUCAGCUGACGUUCUUAGUUUAAUAAACGAAAAUAUAUACCAUCCCAUGGUGAAAGCUAUAAGACCUGAAAAUAGAGGUCUAAUGUUGGAAUUGUGUGAAGAACAGAUUAAUAUGAACAUAAACCCAGACGCAGUGAAGCUGAAGAAAAGGCAAAGGAAAACGGAAACGGAAGUUAGCGAGUUGAGAGUCAAGUUGGCCCAAGCGACAAAAAGCGUCGUUCUAAGCAACAGGGAAGUUCGUUUACUAAGAUACAUCGAAUUGACAGAGGAAGAAAAGGAGAAACUAAAAUCUUCUGCUAAGGUGGCUAAAAAGCUGGAAAAGCUGGAAAGUCUCGGCCAGGAUCGCGACCAGGAUUCCUCUGACGAAGAUCAGGAUCCUGACCUUGAUUAUCCCAGCCUUGACAGCGACAUGACGUCACCGCGAAACUCAGAGCCCACUUCUCUUACUGAAUCGAUGCAGCUAGUCGAUGUCAUUUUAAGCGACAGCAAAAUAGACAAGCUGGAAAAAAUCGAAAAGCUCGAGUCGAUUCUCAGCGCCGCUGCGAUGUUGCCGAGCAGUGCCGCGCAGUGUUGCCAGUGCAACUGCCACCCCGGCAAACUGAACGGCUACAGGCACGAGAAAGUCUUGUCGCCUAGCAACGGCUACGUUGCCGUCGUCAAAGACAGCGAUGCCGCGUUGACCAAGGAGAAUCAGGGAAACGUGGCAACGCAGACUUUGAGUACGGGCGACAUCGUGGUCACGAAAAUUUAUUUCAACGAUCGCGCCGAGUAAAAAAACACGGAAAAUUCCGAAAUCACCAAAACACGGUAAAUUGGUAGUAUUAGCAAAAUGAAUGCUCAAAAUUUUCGCACUUUUCGACAAAAAAGUUAAACGGCCUUGAAAAUAAACUUUUGGCGCCGAAUUCGAAUUUUUCGGUUGGUUUUAAGUUCUGAAUCAAAUUUUUA